CAGCGAGCGACGUUUCACGUUAUAAAAAAAUUCAUGAAUUCACGAUCAAGGCUCAAGGUCAGCUGAAUAUUUGCUGUUACAUCAUCAUCAAUUGAUAGCUUCUUAUCUCCAACCGAGAGCUAACCAUUUUCCAUUAGAUUCAAGUUUUCAUUCAGUCGUCCAUCAGCGUUCUUAGUUGGCAGAUGUCCAGUGAAUUCAACACGAUGUCAACAGCCGGUAAAGUGAUAAAAUGUAAAGCUGCCGUCGCCUGGGAAGCCGGCAAGCCUUUAUCUAUUGAAGAGAUCGAAGUGGAUCCACCAAAAGCAGGCGAAGUUCGCGUCAAGAUCACUGCGACCGGCGUCUGCCAUACUGACGCAUACACUCUGUCCGGAAAGGACCCAGAGGGUGUGUUCCCCGUUAUUCUCGGUCAUGAAGGUGGCGGCAUCGUCGAGAGCGUCGGCGAAGGCGUAACUUCUGUGAAGCCAGGCGACCACGUCGUUCCGUUGUAUGUACCUCAGUGCAAGACAUGCAAAUUCUGCUUGAACCCGAAAACCAAUCUCUGCCAGAGAGUGCGCGUGACCCAAGGCCAGGGAGUCAUGCCCGACGGCACCAAGCGGUUCCGCUGCAAGGGCCAGGAGUUGUACCACUUCAUGGGAUGCUCAACAUUCAGUGAAUACACUGUAGUUCUAGAAAUUUCUCUGUGCAAAGUAGCCGAUUCCGCGCCGUUAGACAAAGUGUGCCUGCUCGGCUGUGGAAUCCCCACCGGUUAUGGUGCAGCUCUGAACACAGCCAAGGUGGAGCCAGGUUCCAACUGUGCCAUCUUCGGGCUGGGAGCCGUGGGAUUAGCUGUGGCGCUGGGAUGCAAGGCCGCUGGAGCCAAGAGAAUCAUUGGAGUGGACAUCAACCCUGACAAAUUUGAAGUGGCCAAGAAGUUUGGUGUCACUGAAUUUGUGAACCCCAAGGAUUCCGACAAGCCAAUUCAGGAAGUCUUAGUCGGUCUCACAGAUGGUGGAUUGGAUUACACAUUUGAAUGCAUCGGUAAUGUGAACACCAUGAGGGCAGCUCUGGAAGCUUGCCACAAGGGUUGGGGCGUGUCCGUAAUCAUCGGAGUGGCCGCUGCCGGUGAGGAGAUCUCGACUCGUCCCUUCCAGCUUGUGACUGGUCGCACCUGGAAGGGAACGGCUUUUGGAGGGUACAAGAGUCGUGACAGCGUACCUAAGCUUGUUGACGAGUACCUGACCAACAAACUGCCAAUUGAUAACUUUGUUACACAUGACGUCCCUCUGAAAGAAAUCAAUGAAGCAUUCCACUUGAUGCACACUGGCAAGUCCAUCAGAGCGGUGGUGCACAUGUAACUUGCUAAGUUUUACCUACCUGCCUAUAUUAUAAGCAUGCAUUUCUAUAUUUGUUACCUGUCCAGUGUAUAAAACUGUCUUUGUAAGAUUUUACAAUAAAAUUAUAUAUUUUAAUAUGUAACA